UGCAUUGUGUGUUCAUUUUUAGCUUCAUACGCAGUACUAGCUAUUAAUAGAUUCAGCUACUGCUCUGCAUAGCUCCUAGUGGAAUUUUCCAUGCGCAUGCGCAUUGGUUAUUUUAUUUGUAAACAUUGGCUGCAUUCAUUGUCUAAAAGAAAACACGGAAAAUAUCCCAAUAGCUUUUUUACAUGGAAUUUCCCCGUAAAGGAGUAUUAUCUUAUUGAGGAUUGUGUCUUACAGAAAGUUUUUAACAGGUAAUUUGUUCGAUUCGGAGCCUAUUUAUGUCAUAAGGCGAAUAGCGUCGCUUCAUCUUCCAGUUUGCACAUCGCCGUAACCUGAUAUCAACAGCGCAUCGUUAAGUAAAAUCGCCAAGAUGCACAUUCUUUUUGUUGGCGACUCACAUGUACGCAGAUUUGGAAACUUUGUGAAUGGUAAACAUCCCGUUGAAACAUUUAAUAUAAGGAACUUGGGAUCGUUUGAAUCCUAUGGUAUAAGUGGCGGAUCAAUCGGUAAUCACGCACACACCCGCGCCAUCACUGCCGCGAUCAGAGAUAAGCGACCGCAGCAUGUCAUUGUGAAUUUGGGAGGCAACGAUUUAGAUUCCUCUGAGGCAUUGACUGUAUCGUAAUGAGACUGAUUUCAUUUGUGUCACUACUUAAGAGACAAUUCAACAUCAAAAGCGUGGUGAUUUUGAGUUUUAUUCCCCGGGAUCGGACAAGACAUAUCAGCCCUUCGGAAUACACUCGUCGAGUGGAUCAGGCUAACCGCUUGUUGAAGACUUGCGUAACACAAGACGACAUGCACUUUUGGAGACUAAAAGGUUUUACCUGCAGCAGGAAUAACGUUUUAUGCGACGGAAUCCAUUUAAAUCAUCUUGGACAGUACAAACUCUUAAGACAAAUUAGAGGAAUUCUCCUUCUGUUAUCCAGGGAUCACUAAUUACCCUUGAAGACAGGGGCUUCUCGGGUCUACAGGCGAAAAUACACAUUAUGUGUUCUUGUUAACAUUUUAAAUUUCUUUAACUUUUUAUUUUUAUGAUCAUCAUGCAUAUAAUAUUUGAUUUAAUAAGUUGUAUAAAAGUUUUAUGGUUUAUAUUACAUAAUAAUUUCAUGAAUCGUCCAUAUUUUUGCUCCUUUGGUUAAGCAUAUUCAGCAAUGUUUACAAUUCAAUUAUUUUGGUUACAGCAGAAGUUUGUGUCCUAGGGUGAAUCUACAUCCGUGGGUUCCAAUAUUGUUUUUAUUUUGACUUGGAAGGUAAGAGUUUUUUGGCUACCUAUUUCUGUAUGACGAAAAACCUAAUGAUUUAGCCGUAAUCGUUUCUUUGGUCUAAAUCAUUCAUGUUCUAACUGCUUAAUUAUUUGGCAGUAACAACUUUUAUUUAUGCUUCAAAUGGAGGCACCACAAUUAAUGGCAAAUGCUAAUAUAUGAACUAUAAUUAGUUCACCACACUGCUUCGGCAGAUUGUGUUUUUAUAUGAUUGAACCAUUCUGCUUCGGCAAUAUGGUUUUUUAUAUGUAUAUGGAUCACGAUUUGUUACCACACUGCUUCGGCGGAUAGUGGUUAUAUACGAUCCAACCACACUGCUUCGGCAGAUUGUGUUUUUAUAUGAUUGAACCAUUCUGCUUCGGCAAUAUGGUUUUUUUAUAUGUAUACGGAUCAUGAUUUGUUACCACACUGCUUCGGCGGAUAGUGGUUAUAUACGAUCCAACCACACAGCUUCGGCAUAUAGUGGUAUUAUAUUUUAUAUUAUGAUUUGAUAUCACACUGCUCUAGCAGUUUGUGCUUUUAUUUAAUUCAUCCACAAGGCUUAAUAAUUCGGCCAAUUGUGGCAAAAUAUGUACACACAUAUAUUUAUACAAUAUACUACUUUAUUUAUCAAUAGCAAACAAAAGAUAUGAUUUAUAAACAUAUAUGCAGUUAAUGCAAGCCUUAAUGGUUCUGAUUAUAAUGAUAUUUUCAGUAAACACUGAUUGGUAGCACUCGUACAGUUGUUUCUAAUUACCACCUUAUUUAUGACUUAUGAAUUUUCUUAGGAUGGCUUCGAGACCAAAACGAAGAAGAACCUCGACCAAACGUCAGGAUCAGCCUACAACAACGACAACAUCAGAGACGAGAGGCGAAGAAGUAUAAUUUUCCAGCAAUGCAUGUCGAAAAUCAUGCCGACGAUCGAGGAGACGUUUAAAACGUGUAUGGACGAUUAUUUUAAGUCCAAGUCUGCAUCUUCGCCUCCUCCAACCGCAUCUUCGCCUCAGCCAACUGCAUCCUCGCCUCAGCCAACUGCAUCGUCGCCUCCGCCACCAGUGCCACUGGAACCAAGUAUGACGUCGCCAGCAUCUACACUCCUUAGCGAAAUUACAGGUCAAAGAGUUCCAAACACGGUUUCCUUACAUGGAUCCGGCCUGCACCCCUGUGAACCCAGCAUUGAUAAGUCUCUGAAUCAAACCACAGAGUCCUUGCUGUAUUGUUCUCUAUCACCGUCCACAGUUGCAGCAUACAAAUCGGCAUUCCAGGCAUACAAGCUCUUUAUAUUACAAACUUACGGUCAAGAAACGUCACCACUACCACCCUGUUUGGAAAACCUAGCUUACUUCAUAGCAAAUUGUUACCAAACAAAUUUAGCUGCGUCCACUACUCGAACCAUUAUAUCCGCUCUUAGCUUCAUUUUUCAGCUAAGUUCUUCCCAGGAUGUUACCCAACAUUUCAUUAUCAAAAAAAUGCUUCAAGGCUUUCUAAAAGCAAAACCGAUUAACGACCCUAGACUCCCAAUAACCCCAGAUAUUCUCCUAAAACUAGUACAGGCCCUCCCCUACACUGCAGAUUCAUAUUUUUCAAGAAUUUUGCUUCGGGCCAUGUUUAUCUUAGCUUAUUGCGCUUUUCUAAGGGUAGGAGAAAUUACUAAAACCAACAGCAAAACCCAUCAUUAUCUAUUAGCAAAACAUAUAUCAAAGGGUAACAAAACAAAUGGCAUAGGUUUCCUGGAAGUUGCAAUACCUCAUUUCAAACAUUCAAAGUCAAAUUCUACAACUAUCCACCUAUGUCAGAACACUAUAAACCCAUUGCUUUGUCCAUACCGCGCUAUCACAGAUUUCCUUAACAUCAGAAAACAUGAUUCCCCAGAAGCACCCCUUUUUUCUUUUAUGGACAACACCCCAGUCCCCCGCCAAUAUUUUACUUCACAACUUCGGCUCGCUCUUAAAUUUAGCAAUUUAGAUCUUUCGAAAUAUCAGGCCCACAGUUUCAAGAUAGGUGCAGCAACAACAGCAGCUGCAACGGGAUACACAGAAAUUCAAAUUCAAAACAUGGGUCGUUGGAAGUCCAGUGCCUUUAAGAAGUACAUUCGCAUCCCUUCUAUUACCCCGUAUUAAGAUUAUCUGGAGACAGGGGCUUCAGGUUGUUUUUGCCACAACAACUCGUUUUUACCUUAAGACAGGGGCUUAAGGUAAUCCUUAAUACGACAUUGUUACUUAGAGACAGGGGCUCUAAGUAUGGUAAAUGUUAGUAGUUUUUCUUGAGACAGGGGCUCAAGUAAAACCUUAACUUCUAGAGUAUUGUCCUUUCAUGCAUUUUAAUUUUGUGUACAUAACACUUUCAUUUGAUCCUUAUAGUAAUUGUCAGCAAGAAAAUGGUUUGACAUCUAAUUUUUGUUUUGUCUAUGACGUUGUUGGAUGGGGGCGGUAACAAGCCAGCAUGAGCUUCUUUUACUUCUUGCGCCGGUAUUACAAUGCUACCUUGUUACGGUGGCAGAUGACGCCCCAUAUUGUCUUUUUGUUGUACAUGUAUAUAUGCUGACAUUUUUUAGAUAGAUGUUUUUUGGAUUAACAAUUUUUACAAUUG